AUGCGUUCAAGCCUUGACCAACAACAAGCACCAUCACGAUAUAACCAUCACCACAGGAAUCUUUCGGAUGAGUCUGAUGAAUCGGAUGAUGAUGACUAUAUUAAACGGAGAAGACGAGAAAAGUUGAGCGAUGAGGAGGAAAGCCCGAUGGCUAAGAGUAAUCACAGACCUUCACCAGUCAGAUCGGGCCAACAACAACAUCCUUCUUCGAAGAAUCAAUCUUCACCAAUUCAUUCUUCUUAUGGUCCACAAUAUGGCAACAAAUACAAUCAAUCAUCUUUCGAUAGCAGUAAUUAUCAGAAACGAAAACGAAGUGAUUCCGAGGAAAAGCCUCCUUCUCCAUCGAGUGCCGAUUUUCAAUCCUCCCUCAAAAAGAAAAAAAUUGAAAGAGACGAAUGGGACGAUGAGAUUGAAUCAUAUUCUACUUAUCGCGCAAUCAUUUUAAUGUGCGAGGAAGAUCGAACAGAUGAAGCUAUAGUAUCUAAGCUGAAAGAGGUAGCAGGACUUAUUUGCAAUGAUCUGCAGGAUGACUAUCAAACUCAUAUCCCUACGAUAUCCGAUAUUGUCAUGCAAUGUAUUACCGAUUUUCCUGUCAAAACCGCAAUAUACUGCACAUUAGUAGCAUUGGUGAACAAGAAAAUACCAAAAUUUGGAGAAUGCAUUAUCCAAUUGACGGUCGAGCAUAUUAUUCAAAGCCAUAACCACUAUGACUGGAUUCGUCUCAAGGCGCUUUUCAGAUUUAUUUUUGAAUUGAUGCGCCUAAAGCUUGUUUCUGAAAACGAUGCAUAUUAUGUAUUCGAUAAAUUCGUAGACCUGGCGCUUAAAUAUUCCAAUGACAUAAUGGGCAUGAACUACAUGUACACGAUUUUAGGCUCGCUUCCUUGGGGAAUUGAGAUAUUUAAGGAGAACAGCGUUUUCACAUCGGAAUUGACCACGAAGCUUACCAAAUAUUUUGAUGUUUACAGUCAAUUUGAUUUUACUCUGUACAAAGUUUUCAAGGGCCAAAAAGAUUGCCUCAUGGUCAUGUGGGAACAGUUCAAAUUCUUCCUUUCUGAUCAAACUGAAACUAAGGAAAUCAAAAGUUUACUUAAGCCACAUUUAUUAUUCCCAGAGAGCGAUUUGGCAGAUGCUAGAAUGCACAAGAUUGAAUUCUCUUUUGACGAACAUCUAAUUGAUGUUGGUUCUCAUGAGAAUGUUUCUAAAGGCUGCAUUUUCAAAGGCAGGCUUGGAUUGUAUGAGGAAAUGAUGUCCAGCACUCUGCAUCUACUUUCUCCUAUUGAUAGACUCGUGAUAGAAGAAUAUAUUACAGACUUGUUGUACUUUUUUAAUGGAUCUCAUAGAGAUUGCGUGAGUAGAUUGUAUGCUUGGGCUGGAGAUCUUGCUACUGCUGCCUUCACUAAUGAAAACAAAGAUAACAAACCAAAAAGCUUGGAAGAAAAAGAAUUGGCAAUUUUAAAUGACCUUGAUCCAAGUGGAGAAUAUUUUCAACACAUGGCAAUUGAUGUUAUUCUAGGAGUAAUGUGCUUGCUUCCAUCACCUCCCGUUAAGAUACAUUUUUACAAUGUGGUGGUUAUUGGAAUGUGCUUACAGAAAUGUACAAAAGAUAAUUUCUCUAGAGAGAUAGUUAAGAAGUACAUUAACUAUGUUUUUGAAAAGAUAGAUAUGUUUGAUGAUGAAUGUUGUAUGCAACGAUUUACAUCACUCAUGUCCUAUUAUUUGAGUCAUUUCGACUGCAAGUGGGAUUGGGAAAACUGGACAUACAUUCUUAAUGAUCCAAACUCAACUUCAAACAAGAAAAGAGAACAGUUUAUUAGAUUGGUGCUUCAGAGAACAUUGCAUGUGACAUACAUGAACAAAGUUAAGAGAUCAAUUAAAGGAUCAUCAAAUCUAACAGAGGACAAGUUCGAUGAAGACUUGAGAUAUAAUGAAGAUGAAGAUCUUACUGGGGUACCAUUUGCUAAGUUUUUACCAAACGCGCCUGAUGCAAAUUUCAGAUUUUCCUCCAAUUGUCCUCACUCUGAUGACUCUUCGAAGAUAUUAGAAGCAAUUCGCCAAAAAAAGGAUACCAACGAAAUGCUAGAUUUACUUGGAACUUUACAAUGUAAGGACGACAAAAUAUUGCUGUUAGACAUGUUUUUAAGUUGUGCACUGUUCAUCUCUAGCCAAAAGAAUCUAACAGAAUUUAGUGACCUUCUAUCAAGAUACAAAGAAGUAAUCAAACAAUUGAUAGACCAUGACACUGUCUAUCAACGAGUGAACCUCAUAAGAUCAUUAUGGUUGUUCUGGUUCAAGUCUCCCCAAAGAAUUAUUCUUUUUAUGAAGAAGUUACUUCUUCAACACGACAUUGUGAAUGCCCAAAGUGUUGCUAAUUUCUUGUUUACUGACAAGUCAUUGCUAUUUUCUUUCGCCUACUCAUGGGAUAUUAUGAAGUCAUGCAUCGAUGCUCAAAUAGUUAGAGCCCUAAGAGCCUAUGAGUAUGGCAAUGAUUCUAUUUGCACAAGUGACACGAUACCAAAGCUUAAAAAAGAUCCUAAUGCCCCUGAAGAAGAUUACCUUGACAAAGUUACAGGUUUAGAAUCAACAACUUUUAAAAUGUUGAUAGGAGAAAUUAGAGAAACAGUUUAUAUAAUGACAAGAUUGGUGAUCAGCAAGCUUCUCAGCUUUGAGGAUAUGAACAGUUGGGAGUUCACAUAUGUUUCUGGAGUGCUGCGUGAAAUUGCAAGAUUUUAUCAGUUCUAUGUGUUAGAUUUUACUGGUUAUGUGAGCUCUGUUCUUUCCGAAUAUCCAGAUUCUGCAGCCAAGGAAUAUAUCAAUAAUUUAUUUAACGGAUCUAAGUUUUUCAAGCAUGCAAGCACCUUUGUUCCAGGAGGAUUUAAGGCAACAGUUCCACGCUAUGAAAGAAGAUUCACCCCAAUUCCAACCCUCAAAAACUACACAAUUCUUGACACAAGAAAUUCAAUUCAUGAUUUGCUCAUCCAGGAAAUUAGACGUGUGGAGCACGAACUACCUGUUUCGAUCACUUCCGGUCAUCCUUUGUGCUCUGUCGUGUUGACUGAGAAUUUGGAAACAAUGAUGCCUGUCAUUACUACUACUAGCAGCAUCACAACCGACUCCAACAACACCACCAACAUCACCAACAACAACCAUUCAGACACAACAUCCAUGUCGACCACUGCCUAG